AUCAAGAAGAAACAAAAAGAUCAUAUCUUGAUUUAAUCUAUAGUAAUUUAUCUGAUGAGAAUAGUACUAAUAAUAGUUCAAGUUCAAUUAGUAAUGAUGAUAAUAUAUUUCAUGUAAAAAGAAAAUAUUUCAAAAAAAAUAAAAAAAUAACUAAUAUUGUUAAUAGCAUUGAAAAUUUACCUCUUAUUGAUUCUAAUAGUUUGUUAUUAAGAAUUUGUGCAGCUAUCUAUUUAUCUUUAAAUGAGCUUUGGGAUAUAUCUUCAGAUUUGGCUUUGGCACCAAAUCAAUUAGAUCAUGCCAAAAAAUUACUUGAGCAAUCUUAUACUGAAAUGAAAAUAGCUUUUGAAUUAUUAAAUUUAAAUAAUCAUUUAGCAUUAAAACUAAUUGAAUUGGAUGAAGUAAUAUAUUAUUUGGCUUUAGAUAGUAUUGGACUUGAUGAAGAUCCAAUCAAAUGGUGGCAGUCAAAUAAA